AAACCCUUCGCACAGCUGUUCUUACUCCUUUCAGUCUUUUGCUCUUUGCAAUUAAGGUCCUUGGUUCUUCUCGGUGUGUUCUUUUUUUUUAUUUUAUUUUAUUAUUUUUUUUUAUUUUGUCUAUCAUAUUUUGUUUUUUUAUGGUUUUUACUUGGUUGGUUGGUUUCCUUCAUUUGUUUAUUCCCUACUAUUUUUUUAUCUUUUGUUUCCAUUGUUACUUUUAUUUCCUUAAUUUUUCAUUUCUUUUUCACUCCACUUCAUUUUUUUUCGUUCCUUUUCGCUCAUCGAUCGUUUCUUUUACUCCUUUUCACUCCCCGUUUUUGAUAUCACGUAUGCAAAUGAUUAGAAAUUGACAGAGAAGUUGGUGAAUUUUUUUGUCUUUAAGUGGGCUGAAAAUAUGUUAUAAAGGCCUUCAUUUUCUUUUGUUCCUUUCGUUUUUUUCAUUCCUUUUCACUCUCCUUCAUUUUUUUUCGUUCCUUUUUAUCCCUUUCAUUUUUUUUUAUCCUCUUUUCACCUCUCUUUUGCUUCUUUCAUUUUUUUUACUCCACCUUUGUUUCUUUCAUUACUUUUUAUUCCUCUUCAUUUAUUUUGUUCUUCCCUUCACUCCUUUUGUUGUUCUUCAUUCAUUAUUUUUUUCAUUAUAUUUUGUUUCUUAUUUUUUUUGUUAUUGCACAUUCUCUUCGUGUUAUUUUCAUUAUUUCUGUUAUUUCCAUAAAUAAAUAAAUAAAUAAAAAUUGUUAAUAUUUAUAUUUUUAAUCAAUAAAACGUAUCUUUAAUUAAUAAAUUAUUAUUAAUAUCAUUAUAAANGU